AUGGAGAAAGACUUUCUUCUACAUGGUUUUGUGAAUGAAGUAUGUGACAUUUUUGUUGUAAAUUCUUUUACUAUUCCAGAUUUUUGGCCUUGGAAGUCUCAGUUGUCUCAUCACCCUGUGGCUGAUUUGGUAUUGAGGAAUGGGGUGAUAUAUACCAGUGAUGAUUCUCUUCCAUUUGCAGAGUCAUUGGCAGUGGCCAAUGGGAGGGUUCUUCGUGUUGGAAACCAUUCAUUUGUCAAGGAGUUGGAGGGAUAUGGAACUCAAGUUUUGGAUCUUGGUGGGAAGGUUGUGGUACCUGGGUUCAUUGAUUCCCAUGUGCAUUUCAUUGCUGGUGGAUUGCAGGUUAAGUGCAUGUCCCAGUUUUCUGAUUGUUUCUUUUGCCCCAUUUCUUAUUAUGUGCCUGAGGUUGUUUGCUUACCUAGUUUUUCUGAAAUGAUCAUAUGGGACCGUCUGAAACAACAGAUGAUGCAGGUGGAGCUGAGAGGUGUACAUAAAAAGGAAGAAUUUAUCAGAAUGAUCAAAGAUGCAGCACAAAGCUCAAAACAAGGCUCCUGGAUUUUGGGUGGUGGAUGGAACAAUGAUCAAUGGGGAGGAGAUCUGCCAGUUGCCUCUUGGAUUGAUGAUACUACUCCUAAUAAUCCUGUUUGGCUGUCAAGAGUAGAUGGCCACAUGGGUUUGGGUAAUUCAGUGGCACUAAAGUUGGCUGGGAUUACAAAUUUAACUGAUGAUCCAAUAGGGGGAAUUAUAGUGAGGGCUGCUAAUGGAGAACCUACUGGAGUACUAAUUGAUUCUGCUAUGACACUUAUUACCUCCUUGAUUCCGGAGGAUUCAGUAGAUGAUAGGAGGGAGGCGUUGCUUAGAGCAAGCAGUCUUGCCCUAACAAGGGGGGUGACUACGGUUGUUGAUAUGGGAAGAUAUUAUCCUGGGUUUUCAGCUGAACUUUCCUGGGAUGAUUUUUCAGUUGGCCAUGCCUUGAGCGAAUGGAUUUAUAUUGGUGGUGUUAAAGCUUUUGCUGAUGGGUCUUUGGGCUCCAAUAGUGCAUUACUUUAUGAGCCGUAUGUUGAUGAGCCAGAGAACUAUGGUCUACAAGUGACCGAACCUGAAGCGCUUCUCAACAUGACCUUGGAAUCUGAUUUAAAUGGUCUACAGGUUGCUAUUCAUGCUAUAGGGGACAAAACAAAUGACCUGAUCUUGGACAUGUAUAGUUCUGUAGCUUCUACAAAUGGAAUGAGAGAUCGAAGAUUCAGGAUCGAGCAUGCCCAGCAGUUGGCAGCCGGGACCCCUGGCCGAUUUGGCAAACAAAGGGUUGUUGCUUCCAUGCAGCCAGAUCAAUUGUUGGAUGAUGCUGACUCUACUAGCAGAAAGCUUGGCAAGGAUAGGGCAGACACAGAAUCAUAUUUGUUUCGGUCACUCUUAAAUAACAAUGCAUUAGUGGCAUUUGGUUCUGACUGGCCAGUGGUCGACAUCAAUCCCUUAAGUGGCAUUAAGACAGCAAUGACAAGGACACCUCCCACUUGGGAAAGUGCAUGGAUUCCAUCGGAAUGCAUUUCACUAGAUGAUGCAAUAAAGGCGUGGACAGAAGACAAGUUCCUCAGCCCUCAUGCCGAUCUUAAUUUGGUAGGCAAGACCAUUCUAGUUUACACCAUUUCUGCUGCUCGUGCAAGCUUCCUUGACAAAGAUCUCGGUUCCUUAUGUCCAGGGAAACUGGCAGAUUUUGUCAUAUUGUCCACUGAUUCAUGGCAAGACUUUGCUGAAGACGCAUCUGCAUCUAUUGAGGAAACAUAUGUUUCUGGUUAUGAACUCACAUUUAAAGAGUUGGUGCCAAACCCUAAAUAUUACGAGACUCCGAAAGAAAAGUUAGAUAGAGGAGAUUUGGAUGAGCUUGCCUAG